CUUGCGUUUUUUACUUUGCUUCUUCAUGACAUAAGGAAUACAGACGUCUAUCUUCGGCCGCUCGUUGGGACACAAUGGCUCCCCCAAAGCGCUAUCCGAAGUCUAACAGGCGCAAGGAUGGACUAAGGCUUGUUGCCCGGGAGCAUGCAACGGCAUUGCUUUGCAAGCCGGCGGCAUAUUACGACGACAGUCUCAACGUCAGCUGGGGCAACCAGGACCAGUAUGAAGUCACUAGACAGCUUGGGAAGGGCAAGUAUGGAGAGGUUUACGAAGGCAUCAACAUGCGACUGGGGACCAGGGACAAGGACCGCAUUUGCGUCAUAAAAGUUAUGCGCCCAGUCAAGGAGCACCGUCUGCGCCGAGAGGUUAAAAUUCUCCAGCAUGUUUCGGGUGGACCAAAUAUCGUGCGAUUGCUUGACGUUGUGCGGGACCCGGAGACCAAGACUCCCAGCUUCGUGUUCGACUUCGUGGACGCAAUGCCCUUUAAGGAGCUGCAAGGAGCGGUGACGGACCUUGACGUGCGAUAUUACAUAUUUCAGCUACUUAUCGCGCUGGACUACUGCCACUCGCGCGGGAUAAUGCACCGGGAUGUGAAGCCCGGUAACGUGCUUAUUGACCACACCAAACGGGAGCUCAAGCUCAUUGACUGGGGCUUGGCCGACUUUUACCAGCCCGGCAAGGAGUACCCCGUGCGCGUGGCCACACGUUUUUACAAAGGUCCGGAACUCCUAGUUGACAUCAAGGACUACACGUAUUCGCUUGACGUGUGGGGCGUGGGCUGCAUGAUGGCGGCUCUGGUGUUUAAGAAGCCGGUGUUCUUUCGCGGCGAGGACGAGUUUGACCAGCUGGUUAAAGUUGUCCGCGUGCUGGGAACCGAUGGGCUGUACACGUACUGCAGCAAGUACGGAGUGGAGCUCGAUCCGCGGCUGGCGCAGAUGUGCGGCUACAGGGCGCGUGUGGCGUGGCGGAAGUUCGUCAACCCGGACAACAGCCAUCUAGUUUCCGCGGAGGCCUUCGACUUGUUGGAUCAGCUGCUCAAGUACGACCACCACGAGCGGGUGACGUGUGAGGAGGCAUUGCAGCACCCUUACUUCGAUCCAGUCCGGGAGGGUCUGCCCGGCUUCAAGCCGCUGCCCGAGCCCAUGGCGCAGAUGAUGGCGUUGUUGGAGGCGCGGCGACGGGAGCAGGAGCAGGGGGCAGCGGGUGGCAGUGGCGGGGGGGACGAUGACGGCAGCGGGAGCGGCAGCGCCGGUGGCAGCGGCAGCGGGCCCGCACGAGUACCGGCAGCAGCAGCUGCACCAGCAGCUGCUCAGGAGGCCAUGGCUGUGGCUUGA